AUGUUUGUGCACGAAGAAGCACCACAGGGAGAAGCACCUGGCACUGCCUUGGGCUGCAGCAGGGGUGACAGCUCAGCACCCACCGGCUCUUCAUCCUCACACAAUGAGCAGGUGAGGGAGAUGGUUUCCCCCAGCUUCAGCGAUCGCUGCCUGGAGGGGAAGGGCUGUGACAUGGUCAUCAGUGUGGACGGUGUCCAGUUCGAGGCUCAUGAGACCAUCCUCUGUAGCCGCAGUGGCUAUUUCAGGGCUUUUUUCAGCAGCAGGUGGAACAGCGCCGAGAAGCCAGUAUAUAAAAUCUCCGGCAUUUCACCUGACAUGAUGAGCCUCAUCAUCAACUAUGCCUACACCAGGACAGUGCUGGUCACGGUCAACAACAUGGAGAGUUUGCUCAUCGCAGCAGACCAGUUCAAUGUCAUGGGCAUUGAGUUCCUCAAAUCCCAGCUCUGCUUGGAAAACUGCAUCAGCAUCUGGAGGCUCACAGGGUAUUACUUCUGUCCCGACCUGCGAGACACAGCCAACGCGUUCAUCCUCUGACACUUCGCAGAGGUGAACCGGGUGUCCACGGAGCUGCUCGACCUCUCCAUCCCCGAGCUCAGUCUCCUCAUCGAGCAGGCCGAGCGUGGCGGGACACAAGACAAUGCCGUCUGCAAGGCUGUCGACAGAUGGGUCGCUCACAACCUGCCCAGACACCAGCAGCACCACGCAGCCUGGCAGCAGACACAGCGCAGCUACCCCGCGCGUGGGUGA